AUGCCGCUCUGUCCUCGCGCCGCCGCGCAGGCGCUCCACUCGCCGCCUGAGCUCCAGCAGCAAGAGCACAAGGACGACGCUGCCUACUUUGACCAUAUCGACAACUCGCCUUAUACGCUGCAACCGCCCACUCAAUAUGGCUCAGACCAAGAGCCACUCUUGGAGUCGCAGUCAGCUCAAAUUCACACCAUCUCUUCGCACUUGUCGUCGGAGACGUCUAUCCUGUCUCGUUGCAUGACACAGCUUCUUCGCGCAUCCUUCAAUCGCUUUCGAUCGUCAUCUGCACCGACAGGCUCAAUGCCACGAUCGCGCAAACCAUGGCUGCCCAUCCUUCUCCUCGCAAACCUGGUCGUCACCGCGGUCUGCUUUGUCGCUGCUUGCAUCCACUUUAACACUUUCACCACGCUCUUCCUAUACCUCGCCUCGCUCGUAGUUGCGUUCCCCCUACUAUCCUUCUCCCUUUGCGCCGCUGGGCGAACUUCGCACAACUACAAGCUUCAGCUCCCCGACCUUUCGCCUAACUCAACGCCGCUGUCUGAGCAGUCCAUCUCCUCCUUCUCAGACCUUUUCGGCCGGUCUUCCACACCUGUGCCUCAAGAUAGAGCCACCCCAGCCGCUGUCCCGUCCCGGCGCAGGUUUUGUCGGUCCAGCCAUCUUGAGUCUCUUGCUCGAUCGGCUCUGUACAUCGGAGCCAUCCUAUGGUUGCUCGCUGUUGUAGAGUGGAUCCUUUUCCAGCCCUCCCUUCCUACCAGAAAUGACGCGGGAGGAGGCAAUUUUCGCCCCCUCGUCAAUGCAUCCCUCGCGACAGACACUACUCCUGCGCCGCCAAUAAAAGUUUUCAUCGUCUCGAAUCUAUACAACAGCGAGGAAAUCCUGCCAACCUAUGCUUCAUCCCUCAAAACCCUCAUCAGGACCCUCGGUACCGAUAACGUGUUUGUCUCCAUCUACGAGUCGCAUUCCACCGACCAGACAAAGAGCAUGCUCGCACAGCUUGAUCACGACCUUGCCCAAGUCAACGUCAGCCGCAGGAUUCUUUCCGACGAUCGUGCCAUCCGAAAGGGCAAGCUGUCUGCUGUGUCGGAUCGCAUCCGCUUCCUCGUCGACGUGCGCAACACAGCCAUGCAGCCGCUUCUUGAAGCUACGGACAAGUACACUCAUGUGCUGUGGAUCAAUGACAUUGUCUUUACCCCGCAAGACGCACUCACGCUAUUGCGCACCAACAACGGCCGCUACGAUCAGGCGUGCGCAAUCGACUUUAUCGGCAACGGUUUCUACGAUACAUGGGUCACCAGAGAUGCGCAUGGCGACACGCUCAAGCGACAAUGGCCGUAUUUCAAGCGUGACGAGGACGUAGAGGCGAUGCGAAAGGCGAUGCCCUUCGAGGUCAAUUCGUGCUGGAAUGGCAUCAGCGCCUUUGAUGCCAAGUGGUUCUAUCCCGCGUCCAAGGCCUCCGAGCCUGCAUCUCUUGAUGUUGCGGACGCCGACGAGGACGGACCGUCGCAGCUGCCUCUCAAGUUCAGAGCUUCAAAGUUGUGUCUGUCGUCCGAAUGUCAGCUCAUCUCGUACGACAUCCACCGGGCCACGUUUCCAUCACGUCCUUUGGUCCUCAUCAAUCCUGGCGUCAAAGUGGCCUACAACCACCGGCAUUACUGGCUGUACAACUCGCUCAUCCCGUCGCCUAUCCUGAGGCCUUGGAGGAUCAUCUGGCGAGACUGGAUCGGAAAUCGUCUGUUUGGCUGGGUCACCGAGGGUCUCCGAUGGAGCAAUGAGUGUAAGUCGAAGCAAAAGUUUUGGGCUGCUGCGCCAGCGAUGUCCACCGCUUAG